CUCACCCUGCAGUUCCUGCUCCGGCAUCUGGGGAAGGUAUCGCAGCAGGCUGAGAGCAACAACCUCCACCCUCGAGCCCUGGGAGAGAUCUUCGGCCCCCUUCUCCUCCGGCUGCCUGGCGCCAGCCCAGAGCUGAGCCCUGACUUCUCUGUGCUGUUUCUGGAGAUACUUCUGCAAACGAAGGAGUUGGAACCAGAACAGUUGCCUCCAGCCUUGCCUCCAAAACCACCUAAGCCAAAGCCCAGUGCAGCCAGCCUGGCCAACGGGAACAGCGUGCCCUUGCAGGACGCCGAGUGGUACUGGGGUGACAUUUCCAGGGAGGAGGUGAACGAGAAGCUACGGGACACGCCGGAUGGUACCUUCUUGGUGCGAGAUGCCUCCAGCAAGAUCCAGGGAGAGUACACGCUCACGCUCAGGAAGGGUGGCAAUAACAAGCUGAUCAAGAUCUUCCACCGGGAAGGGAAGUACGGCUUCUCAGAGCCCCUGACUUUCGGCUCGGUGGUGGAGCUCAUCACCCAUUACCGGCACGAGUCGCUCGCCCAGUACAAUGCCAAGCUGGACACCAGACUGCUCUACCCCAUCUCCAAGUACCAGCAGGACCAAGUGGUGAAAGAGGACAGCGUGGAAGCCGUCGGGGAGCAGCUGAAGGUCUAUCACCAGCAGUACCAGGACAAGAGCUGGGAGUACGACCUGCUGUACGAGGAGUACACGCGCACUUCCCAGGAGCUGCAGAUGAAGAGGACGGCGAUCGAGGCCUUCAACGAAACGAUCAAGAUCUUUGAGGAACAGUGUCAGACGCAGGAGAAAUGCAGCAAGGAGUACAUCGAGCGCUUCCGGCGGGAGGGCAACGAGAAGGAGGUGCAACGGAUCCUCAUGAACUCGGAGAAGCUCAAGUCUCGCAUCACAGAGAUCCACGACAGCAAGAUGAAGCUGGAGCAGGAUCUGAAGAAACAAGCCUCGGAGAACCGGGAGAUCGACAAGCGCAUGAACAGCCUGAAGCCAGACCUCAUGCAGCUGCGCAAACUGCGGGACCAGUACUUGGUGUGGCUGACACAGAAAGGUGCCCGGCAGAAGAAGAUCAACGAGUGGUUGGGCAUCAAGAACGAGACGGAGGACCAGUAUUCCAUGAUGGACGAUGAGGAGGAGCUGCCCCACCAUGAGGAGCGGACGUGGUACGUGGGGAAGAUCAACCGCUUGCAGGCAGAAGAGAUGCUGUGCGGCAAGCGGGACGGCACCUUCCUGAUCCGCGAGAGCAGCCAGAAGGGAUGCUACGCCUGCUCCGUGGUGGUGGAUGGUGACACCAAGCACUGCGUGAUCUACAAAACGGCGACCGGCUACGGGUUUGCUGAACCCUACAACCUCUACGCUUCCCUCAAGGACCUGGUCUUGCACUACAAGCACACGUCCCUGGUGCAGCACAAUGACUCCCUGAAUGUCACCCUGGCUCACCCGGUCCUUUCCCAGCCACCAGCCAGAUGAGCAGCCCGUGCACAACCCAACAGCUGCCUUCAGCUUCUCCCCAGGGCGUUGCUUUUCUGGCUCUGGACUCUUGCACCCUGUAUAGUUGAGUCUCUGUGCUCCUGCCCCUCCAGAGCCUCUUGAGAUGUCUGUGACCGUUCCUGAUGUCCCUUUUGGUCAGUAGCUGAAACUUGUGUUGGCUGAUGGGACAAAAAAAAAGUCUGGGCUGUUUGAUUCCCAGUGUGCUCCAGCCUCUAGGAGGUGGGAUCCAGUUGUGAUUGAAUUGCUGUGGGCGAGCACAGCCCCUUCCCUUUCCCCGAUAAGCAGAUCAGAUCCCCUUCUUGCUGGCAGGUCGCCUCGCUACGCAUCACUGUAGAGCUAGAUCCCCGAUUCCUCGGUGCGCUACGGCGUUGGUCACUGCCCUGGCUGAGCUGCUGCCAGCUCGGAGUGAGGAGCUCCCUGCCUGGAUGCUGGAGGAGGAAGAGGAGGAGGCUCAGUUGAGCAUGUGCAUCCUCCACUCUCACUUCCCUCGGUGACCUCGCAGGCUGCGGUGGUGUCUGGUACGAGGGGUGCUGCUCUUCCGUGCAGAGACUUAUUUAGGAAGGAGG